AUGACUAAAGUCACUAUUCAACCGAAUAGAAAUAUCCAUGCGGAUGGGGAUUCUUACGCGAAUGGCAAGGCCCAUGCAGAUGGUCCUGCUCACGCCAAUGGAGCGCCUACCGGAGUGUCCAAAGAAGCAUUCGUCGAUGGGAACGUGGCCAUCUCUGCAAAUACACCUGAGCUGGUUCCCGGCUUAGUUGAACAGGUUGCCUGCCUUGGUAGGAAUGCCAGCUUGCAAGACCACAAGGAACGUUCGGCGCUCUUGGACGCUGCCCGAUCCCUUGUGUACGCACUCGAGACACCUCGCGAGGCUAUGAUUAGAUACUGCUGGUCUCAAUCAACAUUGUAUGCCGCUGUCGAAACUGGUGUCGACCUGGGCCUCUUUGCUAUUCUGUCCGAAGACGAGAAGCCCAAGACUGCUGCAGAGCUAGCAAAGAUCACAGGUGCCGAUUCAGUUCUUCUUGCUCGAAUCCUCAAGCAUCUUUGCGCAAUGGGAGUCAUUCUCGAAACCGGUCCCAACGAAUACCGCCGUACAGGCCUCUCAAUCUCACUAGCUAUGAAACGAUACAACGAUGCGUAUCCCUGCAUGACAAACUGCAUCACAGCCGGAGUCCUAGCCCUCCCCGCGCAACUGAAGAAAAACGGCUACAAGAACCCCUCAGACGGCAAAGAAUGUGCCUUCCAACGAGGCUUCCAAACAGACCUCCACUUCUUCGAGUUCAUGAAGGCAAACCCCGAAGCUGCCAGCCAGUUCAACAACCACAUGACAGCCUACCACCAAGGCCGUCCCAGCUGGAUGGACACUGGCUUCUAUAACGUGAAGAGCCUAUUCACCAAUGUCAGCCAAGACGACGUCCUCCUCGUAGACGUCGGCGGUAGCAUGGGCCACGACCUCUCCGAAUUCAAGCGUAAAUGGCCCGAGGCUCCCGGUCGCUUGGUGCUACAGGAUCUUCCUGAUGUGAUUGCUCAGGCUAAGACCAUGCAGCUGAGCUCUUCCAUUGAGGCCGUGGAGCAUGAUUUCUUCACUAAGCAACCUGUCAAGGGCGCUCGCGCAUACUUCAUGCACUCUGUCUUGCAUGACUGGACUGAUGAUAAGUGUCGUGAGAUCUUGACGAAUCUUGUUGCUGCUAUGGAGCCGGGAUACAGCAAGGUGUUGAUCAACGAGAAUGUUAUUCCGGAUACCAAUGCCUACUGGGAAACUACCAGUCUGGAUAUUAUCAUGAUGGCGGAUUUCGCUUCGACGGAACGCACUGAGGGUCAUUGGCAUAAGCUUGUACAGUCGGCUGGUUUGAAGAUCACUAAGAUUUGGACUGCACAGAGGGGAGUUGAGAGUCUUAUUGAGUGUGAGCUGGCUUAG